CAAAUGCACCAUUUGGUACACUCAAUCUCAACCCGAAUCCACUCGGCGGCGUCCAAAUAUUUGAGUUGAAGCUAAAAGCUUAUUGAAUGUUAUCUUCUGUUUUAUGAGUUAUUCUCUGUUGUUUCAGCUUGGUUAUGAACUUAAUGAGGACCAAGUUCAGAGUUUAUUUUGGCGUUUCAAAGCAGUGGCUGAGCAAAAAAGGAGGGUUACUCAUGCUGACCUCAGCAUUGGUAUCAGAUGAAGUUUUUCAGGCAGAGCCUAUCUGGAAGCUUGGUGAUUUGCAGUGCAGGUGACUUGUGGAACUCUUGGUCUUUCGACUGCAACUGUCAAACUUGUUAGUAUUGAUGGUAGUACACAAGAUGCUUGUUCUGUUAGUACUGGACCAUGGAUUCGGCUUACAAGGCUGUUGAUCUGAUAGUGAAGGAACCAAUAACUCUUCUUGAGUACUCGAUGAAUGCAGUCACCGAAGGCAUUGAUGCAAUUGCCACUACACGAGUUUUAAUUGGUGGGGAGAAGACUCCUACUACUCGUGCUUUAACUGGAGAAACUGUUCAUCGAACAUUUAGUGGGACCGGAGCAGGAAUGGAUGUUGUAGUUUCCAGUGUCAAGGCCUAUAUUGCUGCAGUAAACAAGAUGUUGGGUUUCAAGGUAAACCACCUUUGAUAAUCUGUAAACCACCUUCGAUAAUCCAAUGGGGAUGCCUGAGCUUCUUGGAUGACCUAAAUUUCCUUAGGUCAAGGAAGUAGGUGUUGAAAACUUCAUCUUUUGAGUACAGAAGCCGUGAAUUUAAUCAUUGCCAACUACCAGAUUCAUCAUUUUUUUGAAAAUAGCAUUCUUUAGUGUGCACAAUUCUACCUGCACUUUUUUACGGUAGACAUUUGAUUCGGUAUAAAUGUAGUAGUUGACCAAUUGUCACAAGGUUGA